UAGGAUUAUACCUAAGGGAAUACAAACAAGAAAAAUGAUGUUGUGACGUAUUUAUAAGAAGCGUUUAUAUUUAUGAUUUGAAGAGAUCUCAGAAGUGUUUUAGUUUUGAUAUAAGAUAAUUAUGUGGGACCUAAUAUAUGCAAUGCUUCUUGCAUCUCCACUAGUAAUUGCACAAAGGCUGUAUCCAAAUUUAGAUGACUAUAAUCAAAAUGAUAUCAGUGAUAUGUAUUAUGAACAAUGCCCACAGCAUUGGAUUAAGUAUAGACAGAGCUGUUACAAGUUCAUUAAAUCUCCAUUAAGGCCCUAUACAGAAGCCCGAAGGAUUUGCCAGACAUAUAGCCCAGAGCAGGGAGGCUCUGACUUGUUGUCUUUGAGCAAUUCAGAUGAGCAUGGGUUUAUUAUAAAUGAAUUAAAUUGGAGGGAUCCGCAGCACAGAAAAUGGUAUAUUGGAGCAAAUCAACAGAAUCCAAAUUACUGGAUUAAUCCAGAUGGCAGUCAGCUAAUUAAUAUGGAGAAUGCUUUCCUAAUGGAUUCUGAUCCUUAUGGGAAAGAUUUUUUAGCAUAUAAUUUUUCUAAAGAUAUAAUGCACUGGGGUUUCCAGCCAGUGAGAGGAGAUGAAUCCUUGCUGUUCAUUUGCGAAGCGCAUAUCAGCAGCUUACAAAGACUGAUUAGUGAUGAUAGAACUUAUACUUAUGGAAUUGACAUUAUUGACUCAGCAAAAAUACCUCAGGGGCCUUACUUUAUCAAGCAACCAGAAGAUGUGACUUAUGAUACUUCAAAAUCUAAAUUAUAUAAUGAUGUAACACUGCUGUGCCUAGCUGGUGGAUACCCAACACCAGUAUACGAGUGGUUCAAAGAAGAUUUUGAGAAUGAUAGAUUAGUUGCUAGAAAGAUAGAUCCAUUAGUUGAUGAAAGGGUUACUAUUAGUGGUGGCAUGUUGAUUAUCAACAGACCAGACCAGAAAGUUGAUAGAGCUACAUAUCACUGUAAAGCAAAGAACGUCUUCGGUUCAAUAAUAUCAGAAAGUGUGAAUUUAAAUUUUGGAUUUAUAUCGGAGUUUGUUCUCAAGAGGUCUCCAGAAAACGGAAACCAAAAUUGGGGAAAAGUAUUGUUCUGUGAUCCUCCACAUCAUUAUCCUAGCGUUAAUUUUUACUGGUCAAGAGAAUAUUUCCCUAAUUUCGUCGAGGAAGAUAACAGGGUCUUCGUUUCAAAUGAUGGUGCCUUGUAUUUUUCUGCCUUAGAAUCCAUUGAUAGAGGUAAUUACAGUUGCAGCGUCCAAGCGGAAUUUACAGAUACAGGUCGGAAUGGUCCAUUCUUCCCACUGAGAGUAAACCCACACUCUAACUAUCAGCAAUUGAAAUUUCCAAACAACUUUCCCAAAGCGUUUCCAGAAGCUCCUAUUGCUGGAAAAGAUGUUAGAUUGGAAUGUAUGGCAUUCGGAUAUCCCAUUCCUAGCUACAAUUGGACGCGUAAGGGAGGAAAUCUCCCUCGUAAUUCCUACCUAUCGAGCUAUAAUCGGGUUUUAGUUAUAAGAAACGUACAGGUCGAAGACGAGGGAGAAUACGUUUGCAGAGUAUACAAUGAUCGCGCUUCGCAUCAGAAUAGCGUUAUAAUAAAUGUACAAGCCGAACCAAAUUUUACCAUUCCACUUACCGAUAAACAUGUUGAUAGUAAAGGAGAAUUAGUUUGGACUUGCGAAGCGUUCGGUAUUCCAGAUGUAAAUUAUACUUGGUGGAAGAACGGUAGGCAGUUGGUCAUGGGGUAUAUGGAUUCCGAGGAUAGGACAAGAAUUAAAAUCCAAGACAACGUUUUGACUAUCACCGAUUUAGAUGACGAUAGGGAUCCAGGGAUGUACCAAUGUCGCGCUACGAAUACCCUGAAAACAAGGUAUUCUUCAGCGCAGUUAAGGGUAUUGUCUUUUAAGCCAUCAUUUAAGAAGCAUCCAUUAGAAUCUGAAACAUACGCAGCUGAACAUGGAAACGUUACAAUUGUAUGUAAACCUGAAGCAGCUCCAAAGCCAAGAUUUGUCUGGAAGGUGAACGGAAGAGUGAUUGCCACAGGAGGUCAUAGAAAGAUCAUGGACAAUGGCAACCUUAUAAUAGCUCCUGUGUCUAGAGAUGACGAAGGCAUUUACACUUGCACUGCAAGUAAUCAACUUGGAAUGGAUGAAUCCAGAGGUCGAUUGAUUGUGUUGAAGCCACCGAGAUUAGUAGAACAAUUAAGACCGAGAGUGGUCAAAUCUGUAGAACAGAUGUUAUUAUUCUAUUGCCUAGCGGAAACCGAAGAAAUGCUUGACAUCGCUUAUAUCUGGACGCACAACGGUAUUAGGAUUCGCGACAUUGACGUCAGAAAUUCUUAUAAUAAAAUUAAAAUGGAAGGAGGAUCCUUGAUCAUCUCAAACGCAACGUUUGCAGAUGCUGGCGAAUAUGAAUGUAUUGUGAAAUCUGCCGUUGGUAAAAUAUCUUCGAAAUCCAGUGUCAUCAUUGAGGGACCGCCUGGCCCACCAGGUGGUUUGCAAGUGAUUGAAAUUCAGAAGACUUCAGCCAUAUUACAAUGGACUGAUGGAGCUUCAAAUGGAAGGCCAAUCCUCAGUUACACCGUUUUUGGAAGAACUAAUUGGAACGAUACGUGGAUGAACAUAACUCAAGGUUUGUUUGCUAAACAGAUUGAUAGGUAUACGGGCCGAAAGGAAGCAUUCAUAGAAAAUGUUUUGACUCCUUGGGCAACCUAUGAAUUUAGAGUAUCAGCUUGGAACGAGUUAGGUAUGGGCGUAGCUUCAGUCCCAAGUCCUCGACAUUCUACUCCUCCCGAUCAUCCGAAGAUGCCACCGAGGAAUAUCGGAGGAGGCGGCGGUAACAUAGGAGAUCUAACUGUUACUUGGACUCCGUUGAAGUCUGAAGAGCAAUACGGUUCUGGCAUCUAUUAUAGAGUAUUAUAUAAGCGCAGAGACUAUGACACUAAAUUCCAUAGCGUAGAUUUAAAAGAGUACGGCAAUACAGGAAAAACGGUCAUCCACUUACCAUCAGUUGACUAUUACUACACACAAUAUAUAGUAAAGGUUCAAGCUUUGAAUGAGAUUGGACCAGGUCCAGUUAGUAAUGAAGUUAUAAUUUACUCGGCCGAAGAUAUGCCUCAGGUAGCUCCACAAUUGGUGUUAGCACACUCGUAUAAUUCCACAGCACUGAACGUAAGUUGGAAUCCAAUCCUGGAAACCAGAGAAAAUAUUCGCGGCAAAUUGAUUGGGCACAGGCUAAAAUACUGGAGGAAAGAUAACAAAGAAGAAGACAGUAUAUAUUAUUUGUCGAGAAACACACAGCCUUGGGCUUUGAUUGUAGGUUUGAUACCCGACACCUAUUACUAUGUGAAGGUAAUGGCCUACAAUUCUGCUGGAGAAGGCCCCGAAAGUGAAAGGUACAUAGAGAGAACAUUCAGAAAAGCGCCGCAGAAACCACCAUCAUCCGUGCACGUCUUCGGAGUGAAUCCAUCUACCAUCAGGGUUGUAUGGAGAUACGUCCAGCCAACAACCGAAGAGGAACCUUUGCAAGGCUAUAAGAUUCGUAUAUGGGAUGUCGACCAAGAUAUGAGCACAGCUAAUGAUACGGUUAUGUCAGUUGGCGAAAAGCUGGAAGCGUUUAUUAGAAAUCUAUCGCCAGGAAGGACUUACAAGAUGAGAGUAUUGGCGUACUCGAACGGUGGUGACGGCAGGAUGAGUUCACCAGCGCACACAUUCCAAAUGGGUGAUCCUCAGACGUUCAAAAGUAGCGCGCGUCGGAACCUACCGGCGAUCUUAGUCUUCUGCACAAUUCUCACGCAAAUAUUUAUUUUCUAAAGCAUUCCAAUAUUACUAUAUGCAAUUAUAUUUUUUUAUAUUGCCUAGAGAAUAAGCAAUUUAUAUCUAUAAGAUCC